AUGUCACGACCCAACACCACCGUCCCAAUCCCAUUGACCGAUGUCACUCUCGAUUCUAUCUGCGAAACAAACCUGGCGGCUGACCUGUACUACCAACCCACAUUAGCACCCAUCACUCAGCGGCCCACCAACGACCAAAACAACGCCAACUUGCACGAAGCCUACGUCCAAACAUGCCACGAUGCUGACUGCAAUGCCAAGUCCAUCAGCUCGCGGGUACCGUUCGUGAGCGGAGAGAGAGCCGUUGCAUUCUACGGCCGAGACAAGUACAGCAAGGAAGCCUUCGAGCAGAGUCUGAGGAAUGGACAUUGGUACUGCCCCAGCCACUCGGCGGGUGCCCCUUCGAACCCUGUCAUCGCAAUCGAAUCAUGUGGGAUUGAAUUCGAGAGUCGAGACGACGACGAACCUUACGCAGAGGAAAUUCUAGGAUCUGGCGAAGACGGACCGAUGCACAGAUGGAGAUGCACUGCGCCAAUCAUCGUAUUCGAGUACGGCUCCGUCUCGCGAGACGAGGAAGGGUACAGAGGAUGCUCGAGGUUUCACAAAGCUUUAUCACUGGCUAGAGGUCCCGACAAUCGAAUAAGUCUUCCUUCCAUAGAGACUGAAGAAAACGCUUUGGUACAAUACACGGCAGCUCCUCAUCCCAAUAACCAGAUGUUGCUCCCGCCAGUCACCACCUUGCUGCGGUUGACGUCCUCAGAAGAAGACAGUCGUAGUGUGGCAGGUGAUGGGGCUCCAUCCCACUUGAACGAUCCUCGCCAGUCUGCCUGGCCAGAUAAUGACAUUCUUUUGGUGGAUGCGGACGACGAGGCACCGUCUCCCUUUGACCAGGCCUGGAACAACACAGCAAAAUACUUUGACGAUCCCCGCCAUCCCGCCUCUAUUUGGUGCGAAGCAGAGCCCAUUCCAACGUGCACGGUAUGCGGUUCCUCCGUCAUCGGCGGCGGCGAAAACGCCUCACGAGAGGAAAGAAAACAGUACUGGAAAAGUGAUAUCGCUAAAAAGGACACUUUAGCGAGUCAUCGUUUGGGUACCAUCACUCACCCAGCGUGUGGACCCGUAUGGGAACAACAAACGGCUGGCUUACCUCGCAUCCAAGCAGAGUGCGCAGAUAGUUGUGGAGUGUCGUUCAACAUUGUCAGUUACCACGAAGACAAGUGGCCCAAUAGACACAAGACCGAUGCUACGAGUCUUCAGACGAACUACUAUGCUCUACCGUGGUGUCGGAGCGGGGUGAUGGAAGAUUUCUUGAGAGACAAAAAGUACGAAAUGUAUGAGAAGAGUACAUCGGCAUGGCGGAGUACGAACAGUUCCUUAGCUUAA